AUGAGGAAGUUGAAAUUUCAUGAGAAAAAGCUUCUGAAGAAAGUAAACUUCUUAGAAUGGAAGAGGGAAGGGAACCACAGGGAAGCCCAGGUGAUGCAACGUUACCAUGUUGUCGAGCGUGAUGAUUACAAGAAGUAUUCUGGUUUGUGCCGAAUGGUGCAGAAAUUGGUGAAUAUCCUGAAACAGAUGCAUCCCAAAGAUCCCUAUCGCAUUGAAAUGACGGAUAUGCUUCUGGAGAAGCUGUAUAACAUGGGAGUUAUACCAAGCAGGAAAAGCUUAGCCCUUUGUGACCGCUUGUCCGUCUCUUCCUUCUGCAGACGAAGGCUUGCAACUGUAUUGGUGCGUGCAAAGUUUGCUGAACAUUUGAAAGAAGCCGUGACAUACAUCGAGCAAGGCCACGUUCGAGUAGGUCCAGAGACUGUGACCGACCCGGCAUUCCUGGUUACGAGGAACAUGGAGGACUUCAUUACCUGGGUGGACACAUCCAAGAUAAGGAGGAAAGUGCUUCAAUACAACGAUAAAUUGGAUGACUAUGAGGCCAUGAAUUGAUCUUUUACCAUGACAAUAUGAAUAUGAAUGUAGGAAGUGAUCACUGUGUCCCCCGUGCCAAGUCUUGUAACGACCUUGUAAUGGCCAUCAGAGAAGGGAUUGACAUUAUUGUCGCUAUUUCCAAACAGGUUGUUUGGCAGAAAGUUAUGCGAAUUUCAGUGGUUCACCAUCUGGUUCCAUUCUCAACGGUUAAUCUAU